AUGUUUCCUGCUCCCCAGAGUGGCGAUUUGCCAAUGGCCGACCGGAAGCUACAGUCCAAGAUGAAAGCAGUACUUCAGAACCUGGAAGCGCUACGCACCGAACAUCAGACAAUGCGCCUCAACUUCUCCGCAGGAAUCAUAUCCGAUCCGGAUAAGGAGGAAAUCGUCAACAGGAACUUUCAAAACAUCGACCUUGGUAUCGGUGAAGUCCGGUUGAUUAUCGCCUUGAUGUCCCAUCUGCAGAACAUCGAUGUCGAAAGACAAAAACUGCGAUUGCAAGUUAAACGACUCUGCCAGGAAAACACCUGGCUGCGGGACGAAGUGCAAACCAGUCAAAAAUUCCUGCUGAAGUCGGAGUUGCUGGUGGUACAGCUUGAAGAGGAGAAGAAACAGCUGGAGUUUGCGGCAUCGGUGAAAAAGUACGACGACUUUCUGGAAGGCGAAGACAUCCGCGAGAAACUAAACGGUGAUCCCACGCUGGAGUUGUUUCCGGAAGACGAACCGUCGGAUCGGCGCCUGAGUAAGUUGUCGCCAACAUCAUCUAUUAAUUUCGGAGACUAUGAAGUAUCCGCUCGGCUCAGAACUAUACACAACCUGGCGAUCCACUAUGCUUCGCAAGGAAAGUACGAAGUUGCUGUACCCCUUUGUAAACAAGCAUUGGAGGAUUUGGAACGAGAGCAUGGCCAUGAACACCCAGACGUAGCAACAAUGCUGAAUAUUUUGGCACUGGUUUACCGGGAUCAGGGUAACUACAAAGAAGCUACCAGACUGAUGAGCGAGGCAUUGGAAAUACGGGUGCGUUGCUUGGGCGAAUGCCACCCAUCGGUGGCAGCGACUUUGAACAAUCUAGCCGUACUGUAUGGGAAAAAUGGACGAUACAAGGAUGCCGAACCGCUGUGCAAACGGGCUCUGGCGAUUCGGGAGAAUGUUCUAGGUGGAGACCAUCCCGAUGUGGCAAAGCAGCUGAAUAACCUUGCCUUACUCUGUCAGAACCAGGGCAAGCACGGUGAAGUGGAGGUCUACAGCCGGAAAGCAUUGGACAUUUUCGAGAUGCAACUUGGCGUAGAUGAUCCGAACGUGACAAAAACAAAGUGCAAUUUGGCUGCGUGCUGUUUGAAGCUCCGAAAGUACAAGGAAGCGGAAGAGCUAUUGAAGGAAGUGCUGUUAAAAGCUCACGAUAAGGAAUUUGCUGAAGCGCACGACGGAGAGCAAAAUGGAGAGACGGUGGAUAAUGCAACCUACGGGAAAACUGGCGCCUGGCACGAAACUGCUCCCGUGUAUUCACCCACGGUUAAGACUGUAGUGAAACAUCUAGCAACGCUCUGCCACAAGCAGGGAAAAUUUGAAGCUGCUGAUCGGUUAAAACAUGACACUUUUCGCAGUAAAAAUGAAAUUCUGGAUGUGUUGGGUCAGGCGUGA